CGGGAGCGCGCACGGCGGUGCGGCUCACUGGCGAGCGCUUUGAGGGGCGGGGAGACUCGCGCUGGUAAGCGCGCGCUGCUCCAACGUCACGUUUCGCGCGGCUCGCGUGCGAAACUCAGACACACGCGUCGGGAGACGGCGCGUCCCCGCUGCGCGCUGGCCAGCGACUCCGGGGGACAGGGACAGGGACAGGACGCGAGGACGCGCACGCUGGCGGAACAUAAUCAGCUGCGCAACAGCGGAGAGGACGUGGUUCAUGUAGGAUCGGGGUUCGCAGAGGGGUCGUGCAGAUCUCCCACCAUGAGUCAAGAAUUCAAACCUGGAGACCUGAUCUUCGCCAAAAUGAAGGGUUAUCCUCAUUGGCCGGCCAGGAUUGAUGAGGUCCCUGAUGGCGCCGUUAAGCCGUCCAACGUCAAGUUUCCCAUCUUUUUCUUUGGCACGCAUGAGACGGCGUUCCUGGGUCCGAAAGACAUCUUCCCAUACUUGGCGAACAAAGAGAAAUACGGCAAACCGAACAAGAGGAAGGGCUUCAACGAGGGGCUCUGGGAGAUCGAGAACAACCCGAAGGUGGAGCUCAGCGGCCCGAAGGUGCAGUCCCCGGGGGUGCCCGGCGAGAAGGACUUGGACAGCGGCCCGGAGCAGGACGAGGACAGGGACGCGAAGGCGGAGGAGAAGCGGAGGAAGCUGUCGUUGAGUAAAGUGGCUGGCAGUGAGACUGAGCAGGAGGUGGCUGCAGGGUCAGGGGUCAUGGAGGGCUCAGAGCCCAUGGCUCACACUGAGGACGACCGAACGCAAAAAGAUCCUUUGGAGUCUCCAAGCAAAACCAAACGGGGCCGGAAGAAAAAGAGUGAAGUAGAGCAAGAUUUGGAGAAAGAUGACGCCGCCAUCAGCCCAACUUCCAACCCUCCAGGUGGCGAGACGCACGCCCCCAAGCGCCGCGGCCGGAAGCCCAAAUCCGAGAAGAUGCUCUUGUCCAUGCAGGACCCCCGCAGCUCCGGCAGCGAAAUGGACCCACUGGAAAUGGAGAGGAAGAGGAAGCGUGCGUCGGAGGAGAGGUCCAGGGGCCUCAAAGGGGAGGAGGAGAGGAAGGUGGAUGGCAGGAAGAGAAAGGACGAUGACAGGCCCAAGGACCUGGAUGGAAAGAGGGAGCUGGAGCCAAAGAGGAGGAGGAACACCAAGGAAGGGAGCUCCUCUGACACCGAGGACGAGGAGCAGAAGAGCAGGAGGAAGCGCAGCCUGGCGCUCUCCCAGCAGGGCUCCACGGAGGCUGACCGUGACGACAGGAGGCGCAGGCAGGAUGAGCAGAAAGUUGCCGAACACAACAAAGAGGAUGGAAGGAGACUAGAUGACAAGAAAGGAGACAAAAAGAAAGACAUGUCUACAGAAUCAAGGCUGCAGAGGUUGCAUGGAGAAAUCAAAAUAUCGCUAAAGAUUGAUAACCCCGAUGUAAAGAAGUGUCUGCUGGCGCUGGACGAGCUGAGCAGUCUCCAGGUGACCACGCAGCACCUCCAGAAGCACAGCGAGCUCAUCGCCACGCUGAAAAAGAUUCGCAGGUUCAAAGCCUGCCAAGACAUCAUGGACAAGGCCACCAUGCUCUACAACAAGUUCAAAACUAUGUUCCUGGUGGGCGAGGGCGACUCGGUCCUCAGCCAGGUGCUGAACAAAUCCCUGGCGGAGCAGAGGCAGCAUGAAGAGGCCAAGAAGGGGGCCCUGAAGAGGGCAGAGCAAGCCAGGGAGCAGGGCACAGAUAAGGCGGUGAACGGCGAGGCGAGUCCCCAGGAGGUGCGGCAGGAGCAGGACAAGGAGCCGCAGCUCCCGGAGGACAGAGACGUACCGGCGGAAGGGAGUGGUACAAAGAUCCAGGAGGAAUCGGCCUGAAGCGGCAAGAGGGCCGCAGAAGGGAGGCAGCAGCACUGUUCCCGGAAUAGACGCGCGCAUCUGAGUCCCCGCACGGUUCACCGCCCACCCACAAACUCAAACUAAACCCUCCACCUCUCCGACAGGGUUCCAUCUGUUCUCCUAGACCUGUUCCACCUGGAGCGGUGCAGCUGUGUCAGUCUACACGUUUCAUAAAUGUGAACGAUAGCGUCAGCCAUGGUUGCUUUAAACAGCGACCACCCCCACCCCCCAAUGCGUUUGGUCUAAGUUCAGCAUAUCGCUCUUCCACCAGUGUUCCGCAUUCACCUCAACCGUUCUUGUCCUCACUGAACAGCCCUUGCAUGUCGGUGUCUCCGGCCACAUGGGCCACGUACUGCUUGACAGCCCAGUUUUUUUUCUGUAAAAUACAUUUCGUAGUCCAGCACUGGACCCUCGCCAAGUACAAGUAGCACCAGUGAUGUAGUGGUGCACCGGACAGCUUCAGCUGUAUCAGGAGUGAGUUGUCUCGUUUAUUCUUGGACAGAACGUCAGACCCCAGCACCCCAUCGUCCUUCGAACCCACAAGCUUCUAGUGCUGCCCUGUAGCCUGAGCCACUCCAGCACUGUAGACCCGUCUCUUAUGGACAGGAGGGAUACAGUAGUUUAGAAAGUGUCUCCAUCAUCCACUUAGUGUCCACACGGGUCACCGCUCCCUCCGUCCUCUUGAUUUAGGUGUACAUUUCUCUCGUGGUCACUUUAGAGAGGCUGUCCUGCAACAGCGUCUAGAUAGCGUGCCAAUGUUCACGUUGCCAUUAAAGUGCUUUCGCUUUUUUG